UGUAAACACGAAAACAUUGCGGUACUUAUCAUUUCCAGUGUUGAAUAAAAAGUCAAGGCAUUCGAAUUACUAUCACAAAAUAAAUUUUAUUUCUUUUCAUUUUGAUCAGUGUUUUUUUUUUAAAUAAUGUCACUAUUUAAGCUAUCACAAUUUCGUCGUCAAUCAAUUCAAUUAACACAGAGAAUUUCAAAUAGCAUACGAAAUCAUGGAACCAGCAGCGAUAAUGCAAUUCGAAUUGUUGAGGUUGGGCCACGAGAUGGUUUGCAGAAUGAGCCGAAAUAUGUUGAAACUGAUGUCAAAAUUGAAUUCAUAAAUCGGUUAUCAAAAGUUGGUUUUCAGAACAUUGAAGUGACAAGUUUCGUGAGCCCCAAAUGGAUUCCCCAAUUCAAAGAUAGUUCGGAGGUGUUUCAGCGCAUUGAAAAGGAUGAUUCCAUUUCAUAUCCCGUAUUGGUGCCGAACAUAAAAGGAUUUGAAGCGGCUAUAGCCGGUGGCGUGAAAGAGAUUGCAAUUUUUGCUGCAGCAUCCGAGACAUUUUCGCAGAAAAAUAUCAAUUGUUCAAUUGAAGAAAGUAUAAAUCGAUUUCGUGUUGUUGCUGAAGCUGCAAAAAAAGCAAAUGUUAAAAUUCGUGGUUAUGUUUCAACGGUAGUUGGUUGUCCGUAUGAAGGUCCGAUUCAGCCAACGGCUGUUGCCAAAGUUACUGAAGACCUAUUAAAACUUGGAUGCUAUGAAAUCUCAUUGGGUGAUACAAUUGGUGUUGGUUCAAUAGCAGCAAUGAAUAAAAUGUUGAUCGAAGUGAAAACAAUUGCCAAACCACAGCAAUUAGCGAUUCAUUGUCAUAAUACGUAUGGGCAAGCAUUACCAAAUAUUUUGUGCGCAUUGAAUCAUGACAUAAGAGUUAUCGAUUCGGCUGUUUCUGGUUUGGGCGGUUGUCCAUAUGCAAAAGGUGCUUCCGGCAAUGUGCCAACUGAAGAUGUUAUCUAUAUGCUAAAUGGUUUGGGACUGCAUACUGGCAUCGAUUUACCCGAAUUGGUUAUGAUUGGACGUUUCAUUUGCAGUUAUCUUGGUAGAAAAUCUGAAUCAAAAGUCACUUUAGCCCUUGGUGAUUCAAAACCAUCUGUUAAACAUGAUCAUGUGCAUCAUCAUGAUCACAGUCACAGUCACAGUCAUUGAUAUAACUUUUAGUUUGUUUUCAUUUUAUUUGACGCAUGACCAACACACAUAUACAUUGAACGGUUGGCAAUACUAGACAAUUCUCAUUUUCUAUUUUGACAGAUAUUAACACAUUGAAUAUUGUACACAUUUUGCGAAAAUUGUUGAAUUCAAUAAAAAAGUCGUUUCGAUACUUUAUUUAUUUUGGGCGUCAUAUGCCGAUUAAUCAACAUUUUUUGAUUAAGUUUUUAAAACUAAAAUGUCUAUAUACAAAAAGCCGAUCGGUGUAAAACGAGCAUCUAUGAUGCAAGGAAUUUAUUGGGCGAUUUUUGGUUUGGUAGCGGGUAUUUAUUGUUGGCAACCACUACUUAAAGCAUCUCAUCGUGAUGAGAGUUCGAUUUUGGCUGAUUUAAUCCAAAUUGAUGAUGGAAAAGCAACAUUCAACUUCCAGAAGGAGGAGGACGAAUCCAAAAGUGAUUCCAGUAGUUAGUCGCAUAUAAUUCAAACAAAAGACUUAAUUAAACUCUUUCAUAAUGAUUCGUGGGAGAAAAUAAGUAAUAUUAAGGCUCAAUGUACAUUGGAAAAUACAAAAUUAUAUAGAGAGACUUUUUUUGUUUCAACCAAAGAACGGGAUUUUUUUUUUGUGAAAAAUAAAUUUGUUUUUGAAAUUCGUUAAAGAAAAAUAAAGGUUAGUUUUCAUUUUUGGUUUUAUUUCGUUGGUAUAACAUUGACAAUCACUGACAUUUCAUUUAUUUUACAUAAUAUCGUUCGAACGGUGCGUUUGAAAAAAAAUAAAUGUCAAUUGAUAACCAACAAAAUAGGAUCUAGUUCAGAUGGCUAAAACCUCGGGACGAAAAGAUAAUAAUGUUUAGACUAAGAAGAAGAGGAUUAAGGAAUUCAGACGUAAUUAUUGCAAUCAUCGCUGGAAUCUCUUGUCAAUUAUAUGCUUGGGAUCCAGUAAUUAAAGAGAGCACCCAAAAAUCGAAAGAACUUCAGAAAUCACAAGAAUCACAGCAGCCGCCAAACGAUUCACAAUCGAAUGAUAAAAAGUAACCAUGCAACCGUACGCGAUAAAAAGAAAUCGCUCGUAUUCGAUACAAACGAAAUUUUUUUUUCUCACAGUCGGUACGACAAUUGCAUUGUUUACAUACAGAAAGUUUGUUGAGUCGUUUCUUAAAAAACGUAAAUCGAAACGAACCGAAGACUUUGCACGAGAAUAUAUUGAAAAAAUUGAGAAAACAAAGUAAAAAUGUAAUUAUCGCAUAUAAAAAAGGUAAUAGUCAUGUUUUAGCAUUCGAAUGAUGUUUAUUUACUAGAUUUUAUUUCAUAAUAAAGAGUCUUACAAUGAUAAAA